AUGUCAGAUAAUUUCAAUCCAUCUAGUCAAAGAAGUAGUUCACGUUUUUUUGGAAUUGACAGUGUUUUCAAUACUCAUGAAGUCUCCUGUAAUGAUAAUAUUCACAAUUAUGAAGGUACAUUUAUGGAGAAUUAUGCAACAUCUAGUAGUAGUUUUCAUCCAAUGGAUGUUGGUAAUAAUAAUAAUAACAACAACAACAGCCGUGAUAGCAGUGGCAACAUCAACAGGAAUCAUAAGGAUACUAAUUAUGAUAACAAUCAGAUGAUAUUUAAACUGGAUGAAAUUAGAUCGAAUAGUCCUCCGUUGGGUCGUUUACGCAGAGAAAAACCGAAACCUAUUACAAGCAGGCAACAAGUUGAAUUCCCUGGUAUAUUUGUUGAAGGCUUUCGUGCUGGUCAUAUGGGAUUUAAUAUACCUGGUGUUUUACAAGACUCUUUAAAACCAACUGAUUCAAUGGAAGUGAAAAUUAAUCUACCAACUCCAGAAUUCUUUUCUCAGUCUGUCUGGCAAAAUCCAUCAUCGUUUAUGCAUUCAACACAAAAUGAGACUACUUCUAAUGACAGAGAAGCUUGUCGAAGUAGUGCUAAUGUGAACACUGGUCGUUUUGGUGCUCAUAUUUACAAUCUGAUAUUCAAUACACAACAAGGACAUCAUCGAUAG